AUGGCCCCGCGGGCGGCGCAGCUCGGCCCGGGCCGGACCUGGGUCAAGCGGCUCCGCAAAGCGGCGGGCUGGACCCCGCCACGGCCCCACACGGCCGCCGCGCCCCGCCCCGACCCCGCCACCGCCCCACACCGGCCCCACCGCCCCGCCCUGACCCCGCCACGGCCACACCGCCCCGCACCCGCACCCCCCGACCCGCCACGGCCCCACACCGCCCAGCGCCCCACCCGACCCCGCCCGGCCCCACACCGGCCCAACCGCCCCAACCCCGACCCCGCCACGGCCCCAACACGGCUCGGCGCCCACACCGGCCCCACCACGGCCCCCAACCGGCCCCAUCGCCCCGCCCCGACCCCGCCACGGCCCCACACCGGCCCGGCGCCCACCUCGGCCCCGCCACGCCGACACCGGCCCCAGCGCCCCACCCCGACCCGCCACGGCCCCAAACCGGCCCAUCGCCCGCAACGACCCCGCCACGGCCCACACCCGGCCUCGGCGCCCCACACGGCCCGCCACAGCCCACACCGGGCCCCACCCCGCCCCACCCGACCUCGCCACGGCCCCACACCGGCCCUAGCGCCCCGCACCGGCCCCGCCACGGCCGCACACCGACCGCGCCGCCACCCGACCCCGCCACGGCCCCAAACCGGGCCCAUCGCCCCGCCACGACCCCGCCACGGCCCCACACCCGGUCUCGGGGCCCCACACCGGCCCCACCGCCCCAGCCCGACCCCGCCACGGCCCCAAACCGGCCCCAUCGCCCCGCCCGACCCGCCACGGCCCACACCGGCCUCGCGCCACAACACCGGCCCCGCCACGGCCCCACACGGCCCCCACCGCCCCGCCCCGACCCCGCCCCGGCAGCACACCGGCCCCACCGCCCCACCCCGACCCCGCCACGGCCCCACCCCCGGCCUCGGCGUCCCACACCGGCCUCACCGCCCCACCCGACCCCGCCAACGUUCCCACGCCCCGCCCCGACCCCGCCACGGCCCCACACCGGCCCCAGCGCCCCCACCCGACCCCGCCACGGCCCCACACCGGCCCCAGCGCCCCGACCGACCCACGGCCCCACACCGGCCCCCAGCGCCCGCCCCGACCCGCCACCGCCCCACACGGCUCAGCGCCCCGCACCGGCCCGCCAACGGCCGCACACCGGCCACCACGCCCCCCCCCGACCCCGCCACGGCCACACACCGGCCCCAGCGCCCCGCCCCGACCCGCCACGCCCCACACGGCCCCAGCACCCGCCCGGACCUCGCCACACCGGCCCCAGCGCCCCGACCCGACCCCGCCACGCCCACACUGGCCCCAGCGCCCCCACCCCCCCCACCACGGCCCCACACCGGCCCCGUGCCGCACCGACCCCGCCACUGCCCCACACGGCCCAUCGCCCCACCCCUACCCCGCCACGGCCCCACACCGGCCCCAGCUCCCGACCCCGAACCCCGCCACGGCCCCACACAGCCUCGCCCCACACCGACCCCGCCACCGCCCCACACCGGCCCCAGCGCCCGCCGACCCGCCACGCCCCACACCGGCCCAGCCCGCACCCGACCCCCCGCCACGGCCCCAAACCGGCCCCAGCGCCCCGCACCGACCCCGCCACGGCCCCACACCGGCCCCAUCGCCCCACACCGACCCCGCCACGGCCCCUCAGAGGCCCAGCACCCCCACACUGACACCGCCCACCCCUACUCCGGCCCCAGCGCCCCACACCGACCCCGCCACUCCUACCCUACUCCGGCCCCAGCGCCCCGACCCGACCCCGCCACGGCCCUACUCCGGCCCCAGCGCCCCACACCGACCCCGCCACUGCCCCACACCGGCCCCCGCGCCCCACAACGACCCUGCCACGGCCCCACACCGGGCCCAGAGCACCCACACCGACCCCGCAGCGCCCACCCGACCGCCACGGCCCCCACACCGGCCCCAGCGCCCCGCACCGACCCGCCACGGCCCCUAACCGGACCCAUCGCACCCCACCCCGACCCGCCACGGCCCCACAGUGGCCCAGCGCCCCACACCGACCUCCGCCAUGCCCACACACCGGCCCCAGCGCCCCACAACGACCCCGCCACCGCCCCAAACCAGCCUCAGCGCCCCACACCGAACCCGCCACAGCCCCACACCGGCCCCAUCGCCCCACCGACCCCGCCACCGCCUCUCAACGGCCCCAUUGCCCAACACCGACCCCGCCACGGCCCCACACUGGCCCCAUCGCCCCACACCGACCACGCCACGGCCCUACACCGGCCCCAGCAACGCACACAAACCGAUCCUGCAUGGCGAAAUCACCUCACUAGCGGUCACAGCCCCCACACCCGGCCACGCGCCCCCACACCGACCCGCCACGGCCCGACACUAGCCCAGCACCCCAUAUGA